CCCCUCCGCCUGGCGCCAGGCCGCCGAGCGCCGAUCGGCUCGAUGAGCGGAGGCGCUGCUGCGGCGCUGCGGCCGACGCCGGGUCCGCACCAACUGUCUCCCCCUCCCAGCUUCUUACCUCGGCUUCCUACUCCUUCCCCCGCCCGCCCAGCACCGCCAGCCCGGGAGAGCUGCCGGGAGUUCCCCGGGAGCCUCAGGUGGUGACUAUCCUGUUGAGAAGCAAAAGAUACUUCGCAAGUAAAAAAUAUGCCUCCCAAGUUUAAGCGCCACCUCAAUGAUGAUGAUGUCACAGGUUCUGUGAAAAGUGAAAGGAGAAAUCUUUUGGAAGAUGAUUCAGAUGAAGAAGAGGACUUUUUUCUAAGGGGACCAUCUGGACCAAGAUUUGGACCUAGAAAUGAUAAAAUUAAGCAUGUUCAGAAUCAAGUGGAUGAAGUUAUUGAUGUCAUGCAAGAAAAUAUUACAAAGGUAAUUGAGAGAGGGGAGAGACUAGAUGAACUACAGGACAAAUCAGAAAGCUUAUCGGAUAAUGCAACAGCUUUUAGCAACAGAUCCAAACAACUUCGAAGGCAAAUGUGGUGGCGUGGAUGCAAAAUAAAAGCCAUCAUGGCUUUGGUUGCUGCUAUCCUUUUGCUAGUGAUUAUCAUUCUUAUAGUCAUGAAAUACCGUACUUGAUUUGAUGACAGAGAUCUUCAUUAAACAAGAUCUGGGACAGUAAUAAAAGAUUGCUGCAUAAUUUAAAUGAAACCUAUGUGUAUAUAACUUUCAAAACUUCUUUUUCAAGAAACUAAGAGGCAAGUAUCACUUCAAAUUGGAACGUUGAGAAUGUCCAAUUAUCUUCUCCCUUUCUAAAAUGUUCUUUUAAUAAUUAUGUUUAAGGCAAAGAGAACUAGCCUCUAUUUUUCCAUAUUUCAAGGAUCUAAUUUGAAACUAGAUACUUGCCAGUUCAUUAUUUGUGUAUAUAGUUAAACACUGAUUAUAAUAUUUCAUACUAAUAUUUUAAUGGCAUAAGGACUUGCAUUAUUGCAUUAGGGAGCGGGUCAUGCUGGGGGUCAGGAAGCCUGUGUAGAGUACCAAAUUAUAUGCUGAAAGAGAUGCAUAACCAUUCUGUCAAUAUUUGCAGAAAUAUAGUUCCUUUCAUAUUACAGUUGUUUUGCAAGCAAUUUCCACAUUUAUAGGUGUAACAAAAGCUAAAUGUUGUAAAUGUUGUUGCCUUCAGGUAUAACUAAAAACAUUCCAGUAAAUAUAUUUUUGACUGUGUAAGAGAAUGUGUAGUAAUUUUUUUGGCAUUUGGAUUAUGGAAAUGGAAAUUUUUAAACAGUGUGAAAAAACAUGGUAUGGCAUCAUAAAACUGGAGAUAAUAAAGUUAUUGAAGAGUGUCAUUGGAGUAUUUGAAAAUGACCAAUAUAUAGCUGCCAGUCAUGGUCCAGUCUGUUUUCUGUUAAACUCCAAUAAAGAGAGACCAGUCAGUCCUAAUGUGAGUAAAUGAAAUUUACAGGUAACUUACUCCUUAAUUUUAUUUUAGUUAAUAGCCUCUAACUUCCAACUAUCAUCUCAUUUACCAAAAGUACAAAAAGUAGCAAAACCAUCUAUUAAUACUUUGAAUUUUAUAUCUUUGCAUUUCCUGUUCAUCCUUGAGGAGAUGUAUGUUGCACAAUCAAAUUUUGCAUCAGCCAACAGUAAUGAGUAGUAGAAAGUCAGGAACCUAGGUGUAUAUAUAUAUAUAUAUAUAUAUAUAUAUAUAUAUAUACACACACACACACACACAUACAUAUGAUAGUCAGUCGGUAACCAAAUGCUAGAGAGUGACCAUUAACCUAAGCCUGUUUUUAUAAUGAAAAAAUGUGUUAACUUUAAAAUAUGCCAACCUCUUGUGUCUUUUAAACAAGUCAGAGUGAAAAUACAUUGUCCCCUAAGGUGUGGGGAGAGGAAGCUUUAUAAUAAAAUUAGUGAUUCUGCAGAAACUUGUGCACUGGAUAUCUUGACAAUAUGAAUAUAAAACUCCCUAAAUUAAAAAUAGGGUUAAUAGAAAUUAUCAGUAUUUAAAUAGGGAAAAAUGAUUUUAUGUUUAUUUUAUUUAGGUUUUAUUUCUUUGGUCAUCUUAAUGCAAAAUGAAUAAAGCAUAGAAUCUGGGUUUGGUGUUUUUUUGUCUGUUUUUAAAAUUCUACAGGAUUAUUACUAGGAGGCAAAAAAUGCUGUUUAGAAUGGAAAAAAAUUUGAAGAGAGAAAGCAAACUGAGACACUCAAGACACCUGCAAGUUAUCUAAGAAGAUCUAAAUAGAAUUACUAAAUUUUAUAGUUUGCUUAGAGCAUUUAGAAGGAGAUAAAGGUCUUACAUACUAUAGUGUAUUGUCUCUGGUCUCUAUGCUCUUUGUAAAUGUCAAUUAAUAUAAACAGCAUCUGAACUGCUAAUAAAUCUUUUAAGUUAAGAUACCCAGAAAAAUGAGCAUUUUUAGAAUUUCAAUAGCUAAUAAUUCAGGAAUGGAAAUAUUUUAACUGAAUGGACAGAAUCAGUCCUAACAUUUGUAUGUAUGUCCUUUAUUUGAAUUGGAACUAGGCUCAUAAGUGGUUAAUUUUCCAUUAGUUGAUGUAGAAAUCUGGUUUCUCCAUAAUAUCUACAGUGAAGAUGAAGAUUACUUCUCAAAAAGUAUCCAUAUUUCCAGUGUUUCUUUUAAUAAAAUAUGCCACUUUUAAAUAAAUAAUUACAAAAUGUAAAAUUAUAAAAUUUUUAAAUUUAAAUAAUAAGUAACAGUAAAAUUUUUUGACAAUAUAUAUGUCACUGUCUUUGUAAUUUAAACAUAUUGCUGCCUGGGAUAUGGGUAACAGACUUAUCACUCAUGGAACUUUGUAGUAGUGAUGGCUUGGUUUGUAAUUCAUCAUUUCAUCUUUCUUGGUCUUGAUUAAUCCUGAAAUCCUUAAAAUGGCUGGCAUGGUUAUGACUUUAUUGUGGUAACCUUGGAGAUAUAAGCCCUCUUACGAUCAAAAACAGAAGAAAAAAAUAUAUUGUUCAAACUGAUGCCAGGCCUACCUUUAUUCCCUCCCUUAAUUACUUUUUUUCUCAUUCAGCUCAGAUCAUCCUGCACUUGAAAAAUGAAGUUUUACCACCAUCAAAACUAUCAUUAUUUAACAACAAGUGAAGAUCAACAGAAAAAUUCAAGUAGCUUUGCAAAUACUAGUUGAUACUCAGUGAAAUCACGUCACUAUUUUGAUGCCUGAAUCCAACCUUUGUGAUUUAUGUUUAAUUACAGAAGCCUAUUGCCUUGCAGCAAUUUUGUUGUUAUAAUACUGAUUAAUUGGUUACUCCUUCUUAUUAUAACUCAGUAAUACCUGUGGUCAUUUGGUUCCUCUAUCCUGACAAAGUUCACUGGAAAUUGCCCUCAGAUUUUAUAAACUGGGGGAUUUCUUAAUUAGAUAAAAGUUCAUUACUGAAGAUGGAAUAUUAUAUAAGAUGGAGGAAGGGUAAUUAAUAGACAUGAGAUAUAGAAAUACUUUGUUAGCCCUCCUAUAGAUUGCCUAUUGUAGUCUUUCUGUGCAUUUCAAUAGUCUGUAUUAGGAAAUUAUAACUUCAGCACUUUUGAUAGCAAAAAUUGGCAUCUUUCAAUUCUGUAUAGUAUGUGACUAUCCUGUAAAUGAUAAUAUGUGUACAGACUGAGAAGGCAGGAAUAUAAAGAAAUUGAAAUCUCUCAUUGCCGGUAUACUCUAAAACAUGCUUGAUGCCUUGUCAGCAUCAUUGCACACAUUGACUCUGUAUUUACAUCUGUAUAUACACUAUGAUUAGAAAAUAUGCAAGAAAUUGUUUUUCCAUGUUAAGAACAAAUGCCAUUAGAAGAUGUCCCCUUAAUUGUAUUGUCAGAGUAUUACUAUGUCAAGGAUGACUGUUCUGUUAACCUAAUUUUGUGUUUGCACAUGGAAAUGUGAUUGGACUCCAUUUUUCUGUGAGUUGAGAGUAAGAGCAUAAGUCAGUUUGAAAGCAUUUACAAGUCUGUUUUAGAAUGUAGUAAGGGCUGAAAGGUGCUCUACUUCUUAACUUGUUUUUUCCAUGUUGUAGACAAAUGAAAUUUGUCUAAAUGCUUUUGUCUAAAAAUGCAUUUGUCUAAAUGCUUUAGAUUGAUGUAGGGUUUAGAUCCUCUUUAAUACUUUGAGAUAGUCUUAUUCUGAUUUUUUUUUUCUUCUGGAAACCAAGUAGAAUUAGGGAUGGGAACACAAAUGCAUUUAUUCUGGCUUCUGUUUUAUUCCAAGAAGCUUCUUGGAACAAAUCAGUAGGAAUUGAAAAGAAAGCAUGACCAACCCAAUUACAGGGGAUAAAUGUAAGCUUGUUAAAGUAAGCACCACACCAUGUUUCUGUCUCCCCAGCACCCAGCACAGUGCUGUGAACCUUGGCAGAUGCUAGAUAAAUGUGUGUUGAAUGAAUGUGCCUAUGAAGCCACAAAGAUGCCACAUGUUAGUAUAUCAGUGAGAGGUGACUCCACAGUGCUCUCUGGAGAAGCAAUAUGAGUGACUGGAGAGUGGGGCCUUUUGCUUUUGCCUGGAUAUAGGGGUGCUCUUCUACUGUAAUUGGGUGUGGAAAAACUCUGGCUUUAUGGUAUUCCAUUAGGUUCUUUUCAUUUAAAGUAGUCUUAAAAUCAAAGUAUCCAAUAUUUUAAAGCCACAAAGUAGAUUACAUAAUUAGCAGAGAUUUUAGUCAGUAAAAUGUUAGAAAUCAAACUAUAAGAAAAUUCAAGCCCUUUAUUUUGUGUCUUGGGUAUAUGUCAUUAUUUUAAAUUCCACACUCCCUUAUUUAAUCACUUUGGUAAGUGCCUUUGAUGUUUUGAAAUGUAUAGUGGGAGAUGAGCAAAUGUAAAUGUCAUGUGCCCUGUUCCCUAGCUUCUCAAUUCCUCAUAACCAUUUUUACCAGUGUUGCAAAGUUUAGACCUUUGUGUUAAUAUCAGAAGUGUAUUUGUAGCCCCUCCAUAGUGAACAAUGAAAUAAACUAUUUCAUAGAAAACAAAAA